UUCUUGUAUUCAUUAGGCUGGAAAGUUUGCAAUCCUCAAAUAAUGAUCCGAUGGUUUACUUUGUCUCUUGCAAAUACUUCAAAUCAGUUUGCCGCAAUGAUUUUAUCAAUGUUCAGUCAUAAAAGUUUUAUUCAUUUUUAUUUAAAUAUGUAUGUCCUUUCAAGUUUUUGCAUGGCUUGGAAUCAACUCUCUAAAUCUCGCUCCCAAAAAUCUGGUGUUAAUAGCCAUGAAAGAUACUUUGCAUUUUAUUUAACUGCUGGGAUGUGCAGCAGCCUGUUAUCGAUUAUGGUAAAGAACAUUGGACGCAUUCCACAUCCCUCUCUUGGAGCUUCUGGGGCAAUAAUGGGUCUUAUCGGUUACACUUGUGAAAAAAUGCCAAAUAAUUUGCUCUCUAUUGUCUUUUUGCCCAAUUUUACAUUUUCUGCUGAUUCAGCAAAAAAUUUUAUUAUAGGUUUUGAUACAGUAGGACUAUUGAUUGGUGCGUUCUCUAAAUGGAGGUAUAUGAUAUUUGAUCAUGCGGGCCAUUUGGGAGGAAUGUUGUUUGGUAUAUGGUAUGCUAAAUAUGGUGAAGAAGCAUUCGAUAAUUGGUGUAGAAAGGUGAUGGAAUACUGGGGCAAAAAAUAGGAAAUUAGAAUAAUUGUUCCACAUUCUGUCAUAAAUUUCUUUCCGAAUACCAUGGCUUUAAAGGAAGCUGUACGGAAGCAGCCACUGAUAGGUAAGAAGCUUCCAUAGUUUGGAAGAACCGUAAUCUUUUGUGUUUAGUUUUGCCUACCCAAUUUAUUACCUGUAUUCACAUUUGGUAACUUUUAACUGCUGGACUUGUGAAGCAUUUGAGAGUUAAUUUGGAAAUAAAUUGCUCCACAAAAUCUGUUUUCAAA